CAGGGCCGCGGGAGUCCGUCUUUGAGCGGGGCGAGUUCGGUCGUAGCUUGGCCUGCCGGGGCAGCUCCUUUUUCCCGCCGCAGGGAGCGGCCGCCUGGUAUCAGUGUCCACAGGAGUAGAUGGAUAUCAAGGCUGCCUGUGGGCCCUGGAGGGAUGGUUGGCUAUGACCCAGAUUCCGAAUGCUCAUCCCUUUCAACAGUGGAAAUAGCAGCGGCAGGAUCAGCAUCUGGGUUGGUCACUCGGGCAAUGAUUGGUCCCUUUGACGUGUUAAAGAUUCGUUUUCAGCUUCAGAUAGAGCAAAUUUCUUCCAGAAAUCCACGGGCUAAGUAUCAUGGUCUCUGGCAGGCUAUUUGGGUGAUUUUUCGGGAGGAAGGACUGACAGCAUUCUGGAAGGGCCAUGUCCCUGCUCAGCUCCUCUCAGUUACCUAUGGUGCUGUCCAGUUUGUCAGCUUUGAAUUUCUGACAAAGUUGGUGCACCACGGCACAGCUUACGAUGCCCGGGACUUCACUGUGCACUUUGUCUGUGGGGGGUUGUCUGCCUGUGCCGCCACGGUGACCGUUCAGCCCCUUGACACACUGCGUACUCGCAUGGCUGCCCAAGGUGAGCCAAAGAUCUACAGAAACCUCCGCCAUGCAGUGGCAAGUAUGUACCAGAAAGAAGGGCCGCAGACAUUUUAUCGGGGUCUCAGCCCUACCAUCAUCGCCAUUGUCCCUUACGCUGGCUUCCAGUUUUCCUUCUAUGGCCUCAUGAAGAAGCUGUAUGACUGGAUCAUUCCGAACGAAGAAAAGAAAGGAGGCAAUAUUAAAAACUUCCUGUGCGGCAGCUGCGCUGGAGUCCUCAGCAAAACCCUCACCUACCCCUGUGACCUAUUCAAGAAACGACUGCAGGUGGGAGGCUUUGAGGAAGCCCGGACAGCCUUUGGGCAGGUGCAGAGCUACACGGGUUUAGUGGACUGUGCACUCCAGGUUACCCGGGACGAGGGAGUCAGAGGAUUGUUCAAGGGCCUCUCCCCAAGCUUGCUGAAGGCUGCCUUCUCGACCGGCUUCACUUUUUUCUGGUAUGAGCUCUUCUGCAGCUUCCUGCGCAGUCUGAAGGACUCCGAUGGCGCGAAGAAGCAGGACAGCUGAUGGGAGCAGGAGCCACUGUCUGCGAUGAAUGGACUGUCAGGGUUGCCAUCCAGCCUGUGGGGUCGGGGGGGGGGGAGGUGUGGAACAGAGAUGGUUAUCCCUUUGCAUGAUGGGAUCCAUCUGACCCAACCAGAAGGCCCUUCCUUGCCCCUCACGACUUCCGGCGAUGGCAGGGCAGGCCUGCAGCGGCUGCAUCAAGCACUUCCCCUGAGGCACAGGCGCGUUCUGCCAACACCACAUGGAGGCUGCCUGCCUGAGCACCGCUCACUCCAGAGAGGGGGGAUCUUCUUGCUGUGUCUGCAAAGCACGGGCUGCCAUUCCUGUGUCGAGUCACUCUAGCCGCUUGGGGCAGCCCCUAGCCAGUGUGCCCGCAGCCCCUGUAGCCCUCCUGGGCCUCGCCUCCUCCUAGUUGCCCCUCCAAGCUGCUGCGGCAACCCCUGCAGUGAUGGACAGGGCCCACAAAUGAGGUGCCUGCAUUUGGACAGCACUGACUUCUGCACUCCUCUGUUAACCCACUGAAUCUAAAAGUGCCCACCCCUGAUCCAAAUAGGAGGGAGUUGCCUUUUGGACAUAACUUGACUCAUUUUGAUCUACAUUUUAAUGGAUCCUCUCAAAUUUAUUUCUCCUGACGGCUCAUCUCUGGACGCUUUCAGCAGAAGUGAGAUAGAGAUUCCUUGCAGCAAACUACCCAAAAGCUGGCAUUUAGUAAGCCAAGGCUGAAAUAGAAACGUUUGUCCAGUCAAUCUUAGUCAGUCAUGCCUGAAAAGAAAACUAGCCCGUGAACGCCUGAAUGUAACCCAGUGCAAGUGUACUUGGAAGUAAGUCCUCCUGAAUUCCAUGGGACUUACUCCCAGAUAAGUGUACUUAGGACUGCAGCCUUAACACGUGUUUCUCAGACACUGCUGUAUUCUUGAAAGAAAGCCCGUGUUCUGGACUGCUUGUUUUCUUGGUCUGCUGUUAGUUGUUCUGUUCACUUCAGUAGAACCAAGUAUCAUUAGACACAUAAGUUUUGCUUCCGUUCUCAGAAGCUGGUUGCGCCAGUUCUUUUUUGCUUGCUCUAAAAGGUAAAAGCACUUUCCCUUGGCGCUGUGCCAGUGUAUGGUGAGAAAGCGUCUGUCUCCCUCAGCUUAGACACCUGUGCAUAAGGCGACGCCAUGGCAUAAGAGGACUAUGGACUGCAGUCGCCUGUCUCAGUGGUUGGGGGUACUGCAUUUAAAUGUCUUGAGCUGUUUUUAUACCAGCCCCUCAGAGCAGAAUGGGGGGAAUGAAAUCACUGUGGCCUGUGAAGUAGAGGAGCUGCCUAGGUUCCAAUAAAAACCACCCACCUCUUUUGCUAGGCAGCUCCUUUGACUUUCCAUCCUGUUACACUCUCUCUCACAGUGGGGCCACAUCUUUUCACCCACAUUUCUAGCUUGAAGGGCAUUGUAGAAGGAAGUGUGCUUAGAUUCUCAUCUGCAAUCUCCUGGGGCUUUGCUUACUGCUGCAGAUGAGAAUUUGAGCACAUUCGAUUCCACUAGAGUAUGAAAAAAGAUGCUUGUGAAAUCUCCAGAGCCUCUUGUGUCUGAGGCUGUUGGAUCCUGCUGAAUUGGUGAGGGAGCCAUAUUUUUAGAAGCAUAGAAAUUAGAAACUGGAAGGAUUCUCCUAGUCCCCAUCUCCUUCCUACCUGUGGCAUAGGAUUUGGUUUUGCGCACUUGCCUGCAAUUAUUUCUAUAGGUGACCUGACAGUCGUAUCCCAGCUGCUGUGUCUUGCCCCCUACAGCCCUAUGCUGAGUGCGAACGGUCAGAGGUGUGUGUUAGGCAGGGUGUUUCUCUCCCCAGCUGCCUAUGUGCCCUUCCUCUUCAAAGACUGGGACUGACUGGUUGAUUCAAACUCCUUUAUAUAGCAUUCACCUGGGGGGAGUGACAGGUUCUGAGGCAAGCAAGAAGCUGGACACAAGGUGCUGUUCUGGUGGCUGUUCCUGUCGUGAUUGAAAAGGAGUUUGGCCACUUCUUUCUGUGUCCAGGAGCAUCAGCUCCCAAACAUGAGGACAGCCUCUGCAUUCCCUCUGCCUGCAGUCGAGCACACAGCCUGCCUUGGCGUCCGAGAUUUGCAAAAGUGACCACAGGCGGAUGCUUAAGUCUUGGCCUCUUCCACUGAUGGUCCCAAUGUGGCAACAUCUACCAAAGAUCUGGAGAGAUCUUUGGUUUGCUGGCUUAUGAAUAAGAUGUAACCCUGUGCCCUGUAGGCCAUCCUUGGUUAAAUUUAAUCUUGUGCCUUAUGCUGCUUCCAAGCCAGAUGCACUUUAUUGAGCAGAAGUUUAAAAAUCCAGCUACUUACUGGGUACCGUGGUGUCAGUAGUUCAGGCUUCCAAACCAACAAAGCAGUUGAACUCUGGCUCUUGGAAGCCUGUACCUUUGAGAGAACUACCCAGAUUCCUAGGAGUGCUUUUAUUAUUAUUUCCAGUAGAUUCAAUUAUCUGAAUUGCAUCUCUUUGUCUUCUCAGGAUGCUUGUUUGAGUGCUCUGUCUUUGCAUGCAAGAGCAGAAGAGACUCAUUUUCAGGAUCAAUCACUGGGGUGGUUCUUGUUUUUCAGUUCCUCUUGUGGUAUCAAAGCUUAAUCCAUUACAACAUUUAUAUUUUUCAUAUAAACUUAGAUUUUUCAAGGGCAGGGCUUAUCAGAAUUUGGACCAGCCCAUUUUUCACUUUCUAUGGAACAUGUACUUCUGUUGGAAGAAAAGUAAUAAAUAUGUUUAACAGGAA